GACUCAUCAGUUCAGCGAUAAUGUUAGAACUAUCUCGAAUGUGUUGUUAAAUUAUAAUGUUAAAACGCCCUUGAAAAUUGUUUAUUUUCCUUCAGUUCGACUUGUAACUUUGACCAAAUAAGUGAUCAGCUGAACAAUGAAGAACAAGAAGAAUUCUCUGGAAUUGAAAAAGGUUUAAUCGAAGCAAAUCAACGUUACAUUCAAUGGAACCGACAAGAGAAUCAUUGGACCAAAAUCAAGGUUAUAAAAAAAGUGAAAAAAAUCGUAAAUCUUAUGAAGAAAAAAUCACCGGCGUUCAAAAACUUGAAGCCGAAAAUUUUUGGCAGUGGUAGCAGUUUUGAGGGGUUAAAGGUUGGCCAACCUGGCGAAUUUGACAUUGAUGUUUUACUCACUUUGCCCGAAGAAACCCAACCUGUUGUAAAACCAAGUAAUGUCCCAGGUUUCGUGCAAUUGCAACUUCCAGGUUUCGAUAAAUUGACCAAAACGGAUCCAGAGUUACACAAAGUGAUGUGCAAGUUUGUCGACAAUCAAAAUUACUUGCUCACAACCCAGAUGAAAUCAUCCUUCAUGCAAAGUAUUUUUGACAAAACUUUCCCAAUGAGUGGUCGCCAAAAGAUCACAAGAGUGCAAAGUCAAGGACCGGCGUUAACUUUGACUAUUGAAGGUUUCAAUAUAAGUGUUUUAGUCGAUUUAGUGCCUUGUUUUAUUCUUCCAGAACGUGAUGAUUUUUUUCUCGUUCCUAAAGAACCAAAACGUGAACACUCCCACCUUGCGAGGUACUGGCGAUUGUCGUUCCAGAAGCAAGAAAGGGAACUAAUGUUUGACAAAAACUGGAUGAAACCAACAAUUCGAGUCAUGAAGUGUAUGAGGGAUCAUUUGAAGCACAAAGUUUCAAGUUAUGCAAUUAAAACAGUUUUUUUCUAGCAAAAUCGAAUAACUCCCGAUUUGUGGAAAGGUCCUCUUAGUUAUACUUUAGUCUAUAUGUUGGAGCGAUAUUUACGUUUUUUGGAAAAUAAAAAAAUUCCGUAUUUUUGGAACAGAAAGUUAGACCUUUUGGACAAUUUAACAGUUUCGCAAAAGGAACAGUGUGAGGGAGAUGUUAGAAGGAUGCUUGAUGAUAUAAAAAAAAAUCCAACUGCUGAAACUAUUCUUAAAUAUUGUAAAUGAUUCUGUGUUAUUUUAUUAAAUAUUUUGUCUUUCACAAACAAA